AUGGGGUAUCAUAUCGAUUUCGAAUUGGAGCGAGAUGUUCCAGAGCUGACCGGCAAGGUUUUGCUCAUAACUGGAGGAACCGGGGGACUCGGUGCCGGAGCUGCAGCUCUGCUCGCCAAACGCAACCCCUCUAAAAUUUACGUCACUGGACGAAAUGAAGAGGCUGCGCGGGAUGUUUUCAAAACAAUCAAGGACAGCGGUAGCCAAGCGCAGACGAGAUUCAUCCGUUGUGACCACACCAGCCUUGAUUCCGUCCGAGAAGCCGCCAACAUCUUCUUGUCACAGGAGACACGACUUGAUGUGCUUAUGGCCAAUGCUGGCGUGAUGGCCUCUCCGCCCGGCUUAACAAAGGAUGGCUACGAGUAUCAGUUCGGCAUCAACCAUGUUGCUCACGCUCUUUUGAUCCAGAAGCUCCUCCCGACCCUUCAGAAGACAGCAAAGUCGCAGGGCGAUGCGCGUGUCAUUAUCCUCACCAGUCUUGCAUUUGUCCUUGCGCCCAAAAGCGGUGGCAUCGUCUUUGAUGAACUCAGAACUACACAAGCAUAUUGGAUCCUCGGCGACUUCCAGCGCUAUGCGCAAAGCUGGCGAAUCUUUUCACGCCGUUAUCCCGAGAUCACAACAAUCAUUAUUCAUCCCGGGGAGAGCGCUACUUCACUGGUCAACAACCUUUCAUGGACACAGAAGGCUGUGGUCUACGGUGCUAAUUACAAUAAGUUCUUACCCGAGCAUCAGGGCUAUCUCAAUCAGGUUUGGGCAGUCGGUGUCCCUAAAGCGAAGAUUGUAUCAGGGGAAUUGUAUGAACCAGUGGGUGUUCCUACUCAGUCGUAUACCACUUAUUGUCUUGACAAGGAGCUUGCAUCUAAGCUCUGGACAUGGACCGAAGAGAAUAUAAAAUCUUGGAUUUGA